GAAGAGCAGAGACGCGCAGACACUCCUCCUUUUUAGUGAGGCGAAGGUGAGCUUUUGACUCCCUCAGACUUUUUUAAAUUCAGGAAGAAGAGCAGGAGGGGAAAGUCAUGGACAGAGGAGGAGAAUUAACCAGAAGUUAGCGCCUCUUUGGGAAAACGACGAAGAGAGAGGAAGAAGAUGGGGAUGGAUUUCAGCACUCUCCGGACCCUCAUCAGCAGAUACUGCGUUGGUGAGGAGAACUGGGUGGACAGCAGGACCAUUUAUAUCGGACACAAGGAGCCUCCUCCAGGAACAGAGGCCUUCAUCCAACAGAGAUACCCUGACAACAGAAUAGUCUCCUCCAAGUACACUUUUUGGAACUUCAUCCCAAAGAAUAUGUUUGAGCAGUUUAGGAGAAUCGCCAACUUUUACUUUCUCAUCAUAUUCCUCAUCCAGUUAAUCAUCGAUACUCCCACCAGUCCGAUUACCAGCGGCCUGCCACUUUUCUUUGUCAUCACAGUCACCGCCAUCAAACAGGGUUACGAGGACUGGUUGAGACACAAAGCAGACAACGCUGUCAACCAGUGUCCCGUCCACGUGGUUCAGCACGGGAAAGUGGUCCGCAAACAAAGCCGCAAGCUCAGGGUUGGAGAUGUCGUCUCGGUCAAAGAGGACGAGACGUUUCCGUGCGACCUCAUCCUCCUGUCCUCGUCUCGAGAAGAUGGGACCUGUUUCGUCACUACAGCCAGUCUGGACGGAGAGAGCAGCCAUAAGACAUACUAUGCAGUUCAAGACACCAAAGCCUACAACACAGAGAAGGAGGUGGACUCCAUACAUGCGACCAUUGAAUGUGAACAACCACAGCCAGACCUCUACAAAUUUGUGGGAAGAAUAAAUAUCUACAUGGACAAUGAGCCCAUAGCCAGGCCGUUAGGAUCAGAGAAUCUGCUGCUGAGAGGAGCCACGCUGAAGAACACUGAGUAUAUCUACGCGGUAGCCAUCUACACGGGAAUGGAAACCAAGAUGGCUCUAAACUACCAGUCCAAGUCUCAGAAACGCUCGGCUGUGGAAAAGUCGAUGAAUGCCUACCUGGUGGUCUACCUGUGCAUCCUCAUCGGGAAAUCCAUCGUCAACACCAUCAUGAAGUACGCCUGGCAGGCCGACCCUAACCGAGACGAGCCGUGGUACAACGAGAGGACGGAGACCGAGAGGCAGAGAUACAUUGUGAUCAGGGCAUUCACAGACUUCCUGGCCUUCAUGGUUCUCUUCAACUACAUCAUCCCCGUCUCCAUGUACGUCACUGUGGAGAUGCAGAAGUUUCUAGGCUCGUAUUUCAUCAUGUGGGACGAUGAAAUGUUUGACGAGGAGCUGGGAGAGCGGGCGGUCGUCAACACGUCUGACCUCAACGAGGAGCUCGGACAGGUGGAGUAUGUGUUUACAGAUAAAACAGGGACCUUGACAGAGAACAACAUGGAGUUUAUCGAGUGCUGUGUGGACGGACACGUUUACGUACCUGAUAUCAUCUGUAACGGACAGGUGAUGCCCGGUGCAGCAGGUAUGGACAUGAUUGACACAUCACCAGGUCCAGGAGCCAGGGAGCACGAGGAGUUGUUUUUCCGGGCGUUGUGUUUGUGUCACACGGUGCAGGUGAAGGAGGAGGAGACGGUGGACGGGAUCAAACACGGCAUCCAUCAGGGGAAAUCCACCUCCUUCUACAUCUCAUCGUCUCCAGACGAGGUGGCCCUGGUGGAGGGCAUGAAGAGGCUCGGUUUCACCUUUCUGAGGCUGAAGGACAGUCACAUGGAGAUCCUAAACAGAGAGGAUGAGAUCGAGAGGUUUGAGCUACUGGAAGUUUUGACCUUCGACUCGGUCAGACGGAGGAUGAGCGUCAUCGUCAGAGGGAGCACAGGGGAGCUCUACCUGUUCUGUAAAGGUGCAGACUCGUCCAUCUUCCCCAGGGUGAUAUCAGGAAAGGUGGAGCAGGUCCGAGCUCGGGUGGAGCACAACGCAGUGGAGGGUCUGAGGACGCUCUGUGUCGCCUAUCGUCCUCUCACUCCUGAUCAGUACCAGGAGGUUUGUGACCUGCUGAGCAGGGCCAAGCUCGCCCUCCAGGACCGGGACAAACGAUUGGCCGAGGCGUACGAUCUCAUCGAGAAGGACUUGAUUCUGCUGGGAGCCACUGCUGUGGAGGACAGGCUCCAGGACAAAGCGGCAGACACCAUCGAGUCCCUGCACAAAGCCGGUAUGAAGGUUUGGGUGCUGACCGGCGACAAGAUGGAGACGGCGGCUGCCACCUGCUACGCCAGCAAGCUCUUCCGCCGUAACACCCAGAUCCUGGAGCUGACCACCAAACGCACCGAGGAGCAGAGCCUGCACGACGUCCUGUUCGACCUAAGCAGGACGGUCCUGAGGCAGCACGGAGGGAUGACCAGGGACAACUUCUCCGGCUUAUCAGGAGACUGCACGGACUACGGUCUGAUCAUCGAUGGAGCCACCCUCUCUGCGGUGAUGAGGCCGGCUCAGGAGGACUCAAACUCAGGGAACUACAAAGAGAUCUUCCUAGAAAUCUGCAGGAACUGCAGUGCCGUGCUUUGCUGUCGAAUGGCUCCGCUGCAGAAAGCACAGAUCGUGAAACUGAUCAAGGCCUCAAAAGAGCAUCCGAUCACGCUGGCAGUCGGCGAUGGAGCGAAUGAUGUCAGCAUGAUCCUCGAGGCCCACGUCGGCAUCGGCAUUAUGGGUAAGGAGGGCCGUCAGGCAGUGAGGAACAGCGACUACGCCAUCCCAAAGUUCAAACACCUCAAAAAGAUGCUGCUUGUCCAUGGACAUUAUUACUAUAUCCGCAUCUCUGAACUUGUGCAAUACUUCUUCUACAAGAACGUCUGUUUCAUCUUCCCCCAGUUCCUCUACCAGUUCUUCUGUGGCUUCUCACAACAACCGCUGUACGAUACAGCUUACUUGACUCUGUACAACAUCAGCUUCACAUCACUCCCCAUCCUCCUCUACAGCCUCAUCGAGCAGCACAUCAACAUGGACAUCCUGAAGAAGGACCCCACGCUGUAUCGAGAUAUUGCUAAGAACUCUCUGCUGCGGUGGCCCAUCUUCAUCUACUGGACCAUCCUCGGUGUCUAUGACGCCAUCGUGAUGUUCUUUGGUGCUUAUUUCCUGUUUGACAACACCACCUUCACCAGCAAUGGACAGAUGUUUGGGAACUGGACGUUUGGGACGCUGGUUUUCACUGUGCUGGUCUUCACUGUUACAUUAAAGCUGGCUCUGGACACUCAUUACUGGACCUGGAUCAACCACUUUGUGAUCUGGGGCUCGCUUAUCUUCUUUGUUGUCUUCUCCCUGCUGUGGGGAGGAAUCAUCUGGCCUUUCCUGAACUACCAGAGGAUGUACUACGUCUUCAUGCAGAUGCUGUCGAGCGGUCCGGCCUGGCUCAGCAUCAUCCUCCUCGUCACGGCCAGUCUGCUGCCGGACGUGGUGAAGAAGGUCAUCUGGAGGGCGCUGUGGCCCACCACCACUGAACGCAUACAGAACGCAGACAAACUCUACAAAGGCCAGCUGUCCGAGUUCUCCCCCCUGGCUCACCUCAGCGCUCUGAACAAAGCGUCGGGUCAGCGGCGAGGCUCCGGCGCCCAGAGGAACAUCCAGAACCCCCGCAGGUCUGAACCCUUAUCCAAGAAAAUCAUGUUCACACGCUGGCAGGAAACGCCAAACUACUGCACCUUCAGCCCCCUCCUCCGAUUCGCUGACGGCACCCUCAGCCCUAAACGGGGCUACGCCUACAGCGGGGCGGGGCCUGAUACAUCAGUUUAACUUAUUUGGUUUUUUAAACUCUAAUAUCAGAAACAAAAGAACUGAAACUGGUCCUGAGAUGACCGCUUUAUUUAUGUUUCUGUGCUACGAAGUGACCUUUGAACUGAUCCCAGGUCUGCAGCUAAGUGUGGCGUACAGCGAACUGGGAAGGACUCACUCGCCGCCACAAAGGGCUCAGUGUAAUGAUGUCACAAAAACACUAAAAAUGCAUGCACUGGCCCUUUAAAUGUGCCUGUGUUUGAUCCCAGGCAGCAGAAGUGUACUUCACUCCGAUUAUUCAGAUUUUAAAGAAGCGAUUCUGCAGGAAAAUCAUCCAGCGUGUGAUUGUACGGCGGCUGAUGAGUAUGACAAUGACCAAACGUGUUCUUUCUCUUCAUUCCCAUCAUCCCUCUCUCCUUCUGUCUUUUCUGCCUCUCUUCAGGAAUAACUUGUGUUGCCUGUGUGCAAACUUACUGUCCAGAAAUACUCCGUGAAGUCUGCGUCAGAUCUGAUAACUGUAAGGACGAGUGUGGUAGAGCAGGAGGGACAAAGUGUUGGAGAAGAGGGGCUGAGUGGUUUUUUUUAUGUGCAUUUCUUAAAUCCUUGGCCUUAGUUUGAGAUAUUUUGGGAUCUUCGGAGACAGAAAGUUGCAGAAUUUGCUCCAUUAGAUUGCUCUAACUUGCAGGAAGGAGAUUUACUUUAAAUGCUGCAACAUAAACAUUAAUUCACUCCUCUAAAAGACCUAAAUUUAUCGGCUAAAAACUUGUAUUUUUAUGCUUAUAUUCCCUGCAGAUAUGAACAUUUUUUGUCAAAGUGAGAAGCCUUUUCUUUAAGCAGAAACAGAAGCAUAUUUCUUUUUUUGAAGCCAACCAACAACCUCUUUUAGACAAAAACAGCCAAUUUGACUUUGUUAUGUUAAGCCAAAAAGUUGAUUGUAGCUACGUCAAACGUAGGAGAUAAGACUGUAUUUACACCCAGCUGGUGCACUCAGCUCCACUGGCCUCAAUCAAUCACUUUCCAGGAUAGCAUUAUGUAUGGACCUGUUUUAAAAGUAGACAUGAACAGUGGCUCGCUUUAGCUACAUUAGCUUAAGCGAAUGUUGCUAUGACAGCUACAUGGGUAAUGUUAUUGCAUAGGACAAUGUAGCCUAGUUUUAUCAUCGUGAGCUUUAGCAUAGAUAACAGAUAUCUAUUUAGAUAGAUAAUUAUCUACAUAGCUUACAUAGCUGCUUUGUGAGCUUAGCAUUAGCUACAUUAGCUAUGUAGCUCUGUUAUCUAUAGCUAAAUUAGCUGUAACAGUGUGAGCUUUAGCAAACAUAGCAAAAGUCAACUUGGCAACAUAGAUAACAUAGAUAUGUUACUGUUUUGUGAGCUUAGCUUAAGCUACAUUAGCUACGUACCUCUGUUAUCUAUGGCUAAGUUGGCUGUAGCAGUGUGAGCUUUGGCAAACAUAGCAAAAGCCAACAUGGCCACAUAGAUAACAUAGAUACAUAGCUGUUGUGUGAGCUAAGCUUAAGAGGCAUCAGCUACGUAGCUCUGUUAUCUAUCACUAAGUUAGCUGAAGCAGUGUGAGCUUAUGCGGCUGUUUUGUGAGCUUAGCUUUAGCUGCAUAGCUCAGUUAGCUACGGAGCUAUGUUUUAUGCCUUAGAAUGUUUUUUUUCCUCUAAGACUGUUUACAUGUUUUUUUAAAUGUUUUGUAAUCAGGUUCUGUAGGUCAAAUUUUUUACUUUUACCUUCUGGUAUUAACCGUUACUCUAACCCUAAACGGCAGUUUUAUCAGAUUGUAUUUCCAGGGUUUUAGGGUGUAUUUCUGUUUUAAGAUAUACAUCCUCCUAGAUAAAUGGUCUGUGUGAGAUUAUCAGUGUGCAACUAAACUGUGUUGGGUGUUUCCAAAAAAGGCAAAAACAAACUUUAGAUGCAUUUCCACUGGGUGUGUUUAUUUUGCUACUGUGAGUUUCAGAAAUCUUCUGGAGCAAUCCCAAAACAUUUUUUUUUACUUGUUAUUGAAGUCCCAAAAUAUUAAAACCGGCCAGGUUUAAACAAAAAUGUAAGUAUUUAAAGGAUAAAAGGCCCACUCAGCCUUAUAUCCAACACUUUGUGCUUGAGUCUAGCCUCAGUGUGUUGUAGUGUUUGUAUCUGCUGACAGCAGUCAUGUUGAUCUACUUUAGUCUUAGCACCUUUACUGCCCUUUAACUCCACUCCUCUGUGUUUCAUAUGUGUCCACUGCAGAGACUCUGUUUGUUUUUAGGGCUUCAUGUUUUAGCAAUAGCUGCCUCAUAGCUGCUCCUUUCUGCCUUAAUGUCACCAUGUAAAGACCCCGAUACCCUACAUAGACUUUUAUUUACCAAAGAUAGAGUGAAAUCUUAAGGAGGUUGAAUGUGGAAUAUAUCGGUAAAUUAAUUCACUUUUAGAUCUGUAAAGUAUUUUUAGAAAGAAUGUAGACAAAAAUGAAUCUUUAAUCUAUAAUGGUAGAAAAAUGCAGAUCACCACCACCUUAAAAGGAGCAACAAUUUUUAUAUUAAGUGCCCCACAGCGCUCAAUGCCUUAUGUAUAAAUAAUGACUGUAGCUCUUAAUCACACACCAAAGGUGUGUGUGCUUGACAACUUGAAAAAGACAAACGUCCACAUCUUAUUUGUAAAGAUCCCUUUCAAAGAAAUCUUUUUCUUUCUUAAAAGCAUUAAAUCUUAAAAGAUCAAUGCAAAACAAAUGUUCCUGUUUGCUAUGGAUCAUUUAAAGCUCUGUUUUCUAGAUGAACCUGUAGAAAAGUCACUGAUUUUAGUCUGUAUGCUUUAAAAGUGCUCCCUAAAAGGCUUAGACUUACAGAAACGUGCUACACUCACAUGAGAAAAUCAGAAUCUGCUGUUUUUUCUAAAUUUAUGAGAUACCAGCCAGUGUCAGAGUUUAAUUCAUGUUGAAUAUACAGAGCUUACAAUAGUCCCAGUAGGCAUGGCUUUACUUUUUAUUCAUCUUUGUGUUUUGUUUUUAUACUUUACAAUAAUUUACACUUCCACCUGGUGGUAAAGCUUAUAAAUAAAAUAAAAUACCAGAGCCCCCUACAUUCUCUCAGAACAUGGCCUGUCCUGUUAACUGUAUUUAUGGAGCCAAUCCCGAUUUAAACUACAUAUUUUUAGCUACAUAGUUAACUUUACUACAUAAAGUAGCUUUAGAAAUGUGAGCUUUAGCAAACGUAGUUAAGCUAACAUGGCUAUGUAGCUACAAAGCUUACACAGUGUACACUACAUUUACUUUGGUAAAGCUAGCAUAGCUACAUUAGCUAUGUAAUUAAUGUUCCUACAUUAGCUUUAGCAAUAUGAGCUAAAGCUAAUGUAGCGAUUUAGAGAAUGUAGCUGCAUAACUUCAGUAGCUACAUUAACAGCUAACAGAGCUAUGUGAGAUACACUUUUCAUUUAGCUUUGUUAGCUUUAUCUAAAGCUAGCAUAGCUAUGCUAACUACGUAAUAAAUGUUCCUACAUGGGUUAGCUUUAGCAAUGUGAGUUUUAGCAAACAUAGCUUAAGCUAACAUAGCUAUGUAGAGAAUUUAGCUAUAUAGCUUUUGUAGCUGCAUCAGCUAUGUUAUCUACGUAGCUUACAUAGCUAACAGAGCUAUGUGAGCUACACUUUCACUAUGCUAACUAUGUACUAAAUGUUCCUACAUAGCUUAGCUUUAGCAAUGUGAGUUUUAUACAUAGCUAAAGCUGAUGUAGCUAUGUAGAGAAUUAGGCUACAUAGCUUUCGCAGCUGCAUCAGCCAUGUUAUCUACAUAGCUUACACAGCUAUGUGUGCUUCACUUGCUACAUUAGAAUGUUUAAUGGAGUACAAGCGUUUAUUCUGUGAGCUGUUUUCUUGGCUUUGUUAAAUGUUUUGUAUCAGAUUCUGUAGGUCAGGUUGUAAACAUUCUUUUGGUGUCUUACCUGUUACCUUAACCCUACCAUUACCCUAAACAGAAGUUUUAUUUGAAAAGUUUUAGCAUGUAUUCCACUGUGAGUGGCUGUCAGAGAUGUACGGUCUGCAGGCAGACCCCUCUCAAAGAUCCAGCUUGACCUUCCCGAGCACCCGUACGUUCUCUCAGAAACCCUCAUAUUGUGGCCAGUCCUCAUUUCAACUACACAUUUUUUAAUAAGUUGGCUGUUAUUUUAAAGAUUGAACAACUCAUCAUUGUAGGAUUGUAAUUUAAUUUGUUAUUGAGAUUUUCAAAGAGAAGCCGUCAGAUUCAUGACCAUUCUUAAACCGCUGAGUCGUUCUCUCCUGUCCCCUUAAAGCCUUGUGGUUGUACUAAAAGGGCCUGCUGAGAUUCUUCACCUUCACCUUCACUAUUCUGUCUCACACUUGUGUUCUCCAUCCCCUCUCCUCUCUAGCUCUUUCUCUUCUCUCUUUCUGGAAGUUUUCCUACCUCUGUGAGAGCCGCCUCCGCCCAUCAUGGUCUGUCCUCUUCUGCAUCUCCUCCACACGUUAAAGCGUUCGCCGUGAGACAGAGUAGAAAUGACGUUUUUACUCUAGAUCUUUAUGAACCAAAGCCUUGUUGCUGCUAGAGAUACUUUUAGCUGCUUUAACUUUAGGUGCCUUGUGCUAGAUGAUCUGUCUCUGUCGGAUGUUUUUGCUUAAUUUAUUGAAAAUGUUUUAAAAGGCAUUUGGAUGUUUUGUAGAUGUAGACUGAGAGAAUGGGUUAGAAGGAUUGAAGCAGAUCAGGCUGUCCCCUUUACGAACAAAAACAGCACUGAAGUAUUUAAAAAGAUCAACAAAAGAUGAACAAACUAAUGAUGUGUGUUUAAUAUUUGUUUUUUAUGUUUUUAACCUAAAUUUUUUACAUGUCCACGUCUCUGAAAUGUUAUUUUUACUCUUUUCUAUCCUGUAUGACGUGUUAAAUUCCCCUUUGACACCACGAUAGCACAAACAAGCACACUGGAAAUUUAUAAACUAAAUGUCAAUUUGAUUUUUAUUUGAAUGGUAAAAACUUGAAGAGCUCAGCUCUAUCGAUCGUUACAAACGGGGAUUUUUAAAAAUAUUUUGUGUACAUUCCUCUUGUUUUGAACGUCUCUGACGUCUGUUUUCUCCAUCAGUAUUUAUGUGAAACUAAAGAUGUUUUUUCUUGUUUUGUUUUGUUGGAGUCUGUGGUAAAAUCUACACUUUGUUUUUUGACUUAAAUAAUCUUCUGGGACAUUAAAGGGGCAUUUCACCUAAAUUACCCACCUUUAAUGAUUUUUACCUUAAAGAUUUGCAUGAAACAUGGCUUGUGAAGAAAAACAAACAUGGAGGACAAUUGAAAUCCUCUGCUGGCAUACAUUCUGAGGAGAUGGUGUAGCUGUGUUUAGUUUUAAAGGAGCAGUUCACAUCUUUUCCUACUCUUCAAAGUGACCAUACCCCUCUUUUGGGAGAAAACAAGCCUAAUGUCUGAAAAGCAGUAUAUUAGACAUUUUGUGCAUCAAAUAGUUUUAAAAAACACUUUAUAACAUUUUCCCUAUCUUAACUACCCUGUAGACCCUGUAAAAUGAAUAAUUAACUGUGAUGUACUUAGCAGGAAAACAUUAGCAUCAAUGCUAAACUUUAGAUUAGCGACACUAACAGACAGAAGGAUUGAACUGUUGCUGCUUUGAGAGAGACAAAGCCACAACCUCUUUUAAUCAUAAAAGACUAAAGAUGAGUGAAAUAUGAAUUAUAAAACACCUUUAGCAGCUCCUGCAUGAGCCCUCUACAUUUAGCCUGCCUCUGACCUUCCACUGGCCUAAGAUCAGCAUUAAACUAGCUGUUAACUUUCAAAAAAGGCAGACUGUACAGAGAUGAACUGCUCUGUGAUUUUAUAUUAUUGUAAGGUUAAAGGGGCAGGGUGUUUCCUCAUUGUGGGCCCUGCCUUUAUUAAACCCUUUCAGAAAAGAGGACAAAAAUGUUUGUAAAUCCAAAUUUCAGUCACGUGUAGAGCUCGGUGUUUUCACAUGUUUACAGGGUCUUUAACGGAGUCUAAAUGAGGGAGUGGAAUCUGGCUGCAGGCCAGUCUUUGAGAGUGAGCGUCAGAAAUGUCCAUUCAUCUGAGACAUUAUAUAUGUCAGAAAGUAAGUGCCCCCUUUGAACCACUCAAGCUUUGUUUAUAGAGUGAUCUAAAGUCAGGCAUUUUCAAUAUGUUGACUUCCAGGGUUGGCCUUCAAAACUCUUCAGAAACCAGAGAGACUAUGUCCAUGUUGUAUACUGUGUGAUGCCAAGAUGCUUCUAGAAGUUGUUCCUAAUCCUAGAUAAUUUACAAGAUAUCAAGUACAGUACACCACCAUGUGUAAAGCCAAACAGUGGAUUCUUGCCUAAACCUAACCAUGUUGUGGCGCUUGAAAUCAACCAAAUACUGACUGUUCUUGCUUAACAUUGGGCUUUUAACGUUUCACAUGUAAAACUGAUGGAAUUAAAAACAUUUUAGCUAGUUUUAACUGAUUUAUUUUUGUUUAUUUUUCUAAAUUUUACUUCCAUGCAUAUGAAAAUCAGACACAAGAGGGAUACAUGUUAAGAUGCAAAAUCAAAUUUGGGUGGACUGACCCUUUAAUGUCCUUGUUAUAUCAUCUUAACCAAUUAAAAACAUUGCAAAAAAGCAUGGAAUUAGGAAAACAUUCAUUUAUAUCUAUAUUUGGAUGUUUUGUUUCAUGCAUCUUCAUCAUCAACUAUUAAUUUCCCUACCAUUAUAAACUGGAAUCCCUUAAAUUAUUUCCCAUAUUUUGCUUUUUUUUUUUUUUUUUUACUUUUUUGAGAGACUGCUUACUGAGACAGUAUUUAACGUGUGUCUUUUUUAUGUAGAGGCGACCAAACUAGCCCCGUACAUUUGCGUAGUUCUGACGGAUUCUGUCUCAGCUGUUGGCCGUGAUGCACUGAAUCGUCUCGUCUGCUGAUCGACACUCUGCUGUAGAAACUUUAAAGCCAUUAAUGCUCAUUUUUAAAAACUGUCCUGGUCUUUCAACAAACCGCACCUGAACUGACAGCCUUCAAACAGAAUGUUAUCUUCGUCUUUUAUGCUGUUAUUGUUGUAGUGUUCAAUAUUUCACAUAACCUCCAGUAUCUUCUCUAUACACUCAGCUGCGGUAUAUAUACACUAUAAAUACUACAAUAAAUAAUGUAGUAAUGUUCAUUCAUGUACAGUUUUUGGUCUUUUUAUAUACAGUUUUUAACAGAGUCAUAUCAUAAAGAACUUUGCCAACCUUUCUGUAGUUAUCAAUGGCAAACGACUGUACAUUUGCUUGGAAAUAAAAGA